AAGACGCACCAGGGACGGCCCAGGAGGGCCCCAAGAGAGCUCCUCUGAAGCCAUUUUGACUCAAGCUGUUCUGGUGCAGUCUGUCUGCUACUGCCAAUUUCACACCAAAAAAGUUCCGAUGCGAGUGUUAACGUUGGUCUGCGCCUGCCUGGCCCGGCCGUGCCUAUCGUCGGGAGCAAAGUGCCCGCUGCCAGAAAGCGAAGCUCCCUUCGCGGAUUGCAAUGAGCUCACCAACCAGCGACUGGCCUGCUGCGCCUGGAGCCAGCAAGCGGAUGCUUUGUCCAGUGACUUCGUUCUGUCAUAUGCGGCUGGCAGUGAUUUGGCAGCUUUUGCGACGGCGUUGAGCUGCACUGCUCUCCUGGGAGUGGAUCCUAGCACGAUGUGCACUCUACAGGUCAAAGAUUCCGACUUGGGGAGUCUCCUCCCAAUGAUCGAAGAACAGCUGCCAUUUGCGGCCGAACUGGGGGAAAACUACAACUGGAUGCUGUGCGGAGCUACCUGCAAGGACGCGCCCAUGGUAGACUGCCUUAUGGAGCAGACAUGUGCCAGCAUUACCUUCCCCGAACCCGGCGACAGUGCGACGACUGCUUUCCAGUGCCCCGGAGCUGUGAUGACGACGUCGGACUUUGAUUUUGACGCAGAGACAACGGGUAUUCCAGAAGGUAAUUCGAGGCGGGCCGAGGAGGUGUGCGCGCUCACCACAACGGUUUCCCCCGCCUCGACCGUUGCCCCCGACGGCGACGAGGCGAGCGACGCCACUGGACGUCAGACUGCGGCCGCCGUCGUGGUGUCUCUCCUGCUGGUAGUCGCCGCGUGAGCAGCUCAUUGGAGUCGCCUGCUGGCGGGCGCUGCCUGAGCGAGUCCCUUCGUUGCUUC